UACAGCACCCCGCUGCACCCCACUUGAGAAGAGGAGGGGCCUCCACGUUGACUGCUUCCCGGGACACCCCACCCCCACCCCCACCCCCAGUGUGACUCGGCGACGUUAACGACUAAAAUUGAUCAGCUUCCAGUUCCACAGCUCGAACCAGUGUUUCCUAAAGUUGGGGACAUGUUUGUGUCGUGUGCGAGCUGUCGUCUCUGAGCCGACACGACUGCACCCUCAGGAUUUUUGUGCACUGCCAUCACUCUCAGACACACACAGGGAAUGAUGCAAUCAACAACAACUAAUGGAGAGGCUUCUUUCUAGCAAAAACAGUCCGGCAAAUGAGAAUGGAGUCGUCGUGUCUGGAUCUGGCUCUGGAAGGCGAGCGGCUCUGUAAGGCAGGCGACUACAGAGCAGGUGUCUCCUUCUUUGAAGCUGCCAUUCAGGUGGGGACAGAGGACCUUCAAAUUCUCAGUGCCAUCUACAGCCAGCUGGGAAAUGCCUACUUUCACCUUCAGGAGUACAUCAAAGCUUUGGAAUACCAUCGGCAUGACCUCACACUCACCAGAGCAAUCGGAGAUGAAGUUGGUGAGGCUAAAGCCAGCGGUAACCUUGGGAACACGUUAAAGCUUUUAGGGCGCUACGAUGAGGCUGUGGUUUGUUGUCAAAGACAUCUGGAGAUCACAAAAGCCAUUUAUGACAAGGUUGGCCAAGCGCGAGCACUAUAUAAUUUCGGGAAUGUUUACCACGCCAAAGGCAAGAGCAUCUGCUGGAGUGGAGCCAAGCCGGGGGAGUUUCCAGAGGAGGCCAGGACCGCUCUGAGGAAAGCCGCACACUACUAUGAAGCUAACCUGAGCCUGGUGAUGGAGCUGGGGGAUCGAGCUGCUCAGGGCCGGACGUAUGGGAAUCUCGGUAACACGUACUAUCUCCUGGGUGACUUUGAAUCUGCAAUAGUUGCACAUGAAAAGCGGCUUCUUAUUGCUAAAGAGUUUGGGGAUAAGUCGGCCGAGCGGAGAGCCCACUGCAACCUUGGCAACGCUCACAUUUUCCUCGGCCAGUUUGAAACAGCAGCUAAUCACUACAAGAGGACUCUGCAGCUGGCCAGGCUUUUGAAGGACCGAGCGGUGGAAGCUCAGGCUUGUUACAGUCUGGGAAACACCUACACGCUACUGCAGGACUAUGAGAGGGCCAUCGAUUACCACCUCAAACAUCUGGUCAUCGCCCAGGACCUCAAGGAUUGCGUUGGUGAAGGAAGAGCGUACUGGAGUUUAGGAAAUGCCCACACUGCCCUAGGGAAUCACGAGCAGGCAAUGCUCUUUGCUGAAAAACAUCUGGAAAUUGCAAAACGGACUGGAGAUAAAAGCGGAGAGAUGACCGCCAGGAUGAACCUGGCAGAUCUACGGUUGGUUGUUGGACCCAAGUCCAAUCCCAGCAUGCAAUACAUGUUUCCCAACAACAGAAUCAACGACCCCGAUCCUUUAGAAACCCAACCAAGUCAUCUCAUCCUGCCAGGGGUGAGAACUUCAUUAAGGAGAGGCAGCGCAGAAAACCUUCUGGUGAUCCCAGGUCAGCAUCAGAGGCAAACUGAAGGUCUCCCAGCAGAUUUAGACAAGGAGGAAGAUUUGUUCUCCGGAUCAUCUAAAAGCAACACGAUCAAAGCAUCGACCAGACUCUUCCUCUUCCAGCGGCUGAGCAGCAAGAAGCAGAAGAACAGCAAACCUUUUGCAAAAGAUCAGGAGGAAAACCAGAACAACUACGCCGUCGCUGAUCCAAACUCACCGGUGUCUCCUAAGCAAAGACACCAGGACACCGUUGGAGAGGACAGCUUCUUUGACGUCCUCUCUCGUUUCCAGAGCAACAGACUGGACGACCAAAGGUGUUCACUGGAUAGCCAGAGCCAUGUCCCUGCUCACCCCUCCCCUACCUCUUCCUUACCUGUAGCUGAAGGAAAUUCUGCCUCAGAACAAAACGCAGCAUCGCAGGAUCCUGGUCAUUUCCUGGAGCGGCUGGCCAGCUGCCAGGCCCACCGUCUGGACGACCAGCGGGCCAGCGGCAGCCAUUUUCCUGGCUUACAUCUCAGCACCUGCAACCCGCCUCAUAUACCCUCCACCUCCAGCACAGACCCUGCACCACCCCAAGAAAGCCCUCAUAUUCCCUCCCAGUACAGCCACCUUGAGGCUAGCGCUGAGCCGCCCGAGGCGGACGACGUCUUCUUCGACAUGCUGGUGAAGUGCCAGGGCUCCAGGCUGAACGACCAGAGGAGUUCUGCUCCGCCUCCCGAACCCAAAGGGCCGACCGUUCCGGACGAGGACUUUUUCGCACUCAUUCUACGUUCCCAAGGCAACAGGAUGGAGGAGCAGCGAGUCCCGCCUCCCGCCAGCAUCACUCUGGACAAACCAGGCUGACUUCAUGAGGACAGCAGUAUCCCAGGAUGUGAUGAGACCUUUUUUAUUUAUUUUCCUUGAAAUAUUCUUUCAGGUUUCUGAAAAAGCACACACUUCUCCAAGGAUGCAGGACUUUUUUUAAGAGCUAUAACUGGUCUGGGGCACAGAUGUCUUGGACCAACCUACAGUACAUAUUAGCUUUUUUCCAGAGCUUCCAUUACAUGACAAACCGGAUCAUACCAGCUUUUGUUGGACUCUAAAUCUAUUUGUUCUCGAUGAAAGCUGAAUCGGCGUUUUUAAACUGGAAGUGUCACGCGGCCACUGCACAGAAACAAUGACAUGUCAGGAGGGAGACGGCUUUUAUUUGAGCUCAGCCUCAAACUGUCCAGCAGUAAGUUAUUGGAAAGUUUCUACAACAAACCUCCUGUGGGGAAAUAAAGUGCAGCAUCCGUUUCACCUGGAGACCAGAGGAACCCCUUCGGGAUAUUUCAAUCUCCUUGAGAUUUAAAGAGAGUGAUUUCUGCUACGCUAAAGGCUGUAAGGCUCCUACUGAAGUGACAUAGGAUCAUAUUUUUUUAACUGGAAGAUCAUUUUAAGGAUGAUUUGUAUUUAGGAAGACAAACUUUUAGCCUUUGGAGUAACAAUCAUGAAUUCUCAGGAGAUUUCAACAUAUUUAUUAGAGCAGGGGUGUCCAAACUGAGAAUUGUACACAAAAAAUGAUAGUAUUGGAUUGACUGCUAUUUGAUGUCAUUGAAUCUGCCUUUAAAUAAAAAAAAGCAAACCUGACAGCUGUAGGAACCAGUCAGACCUUUCUAGAUCACAUAGGAGUUAGAAGAAAGUGUCACCAUGUGUGCAUCAAUGCCAAAUUUCAAAUGAUGUUUCUUAAAAACAAAAUAACCCCUGAUAGCUAUUUCCUUUCCAAAAUGUGGAAAAUGUUUACACCAGAGUGAAUGGGAACUAACUUGCUUUUAUGGCACAUCGUCUAUGCUCGCUACUCUGUUAACUCUUUUUUAUUUUUUUCCACAUGGUUUCUGUUUUAAACUGGAAGUAAACGUUUUGAUGUAUCUGCUUUUUCCUUCAUUUCUGAAUUUUUAAAAUGAUGUUGCUCAAAAGAGCUGAUCCACCAAGAUUUCUUUAAUUAUGAGUUUAAAAAACUUGAGUGCAGGCUUCAUAUAUGUUCCAUAUUCAGUCCUAUUUGUUGUAUUUCUUUCACUUAAAGCCCAUUAGAGAUUGACGAUGUGCUGAAUGCUGGACGCCCUGCAUCAGCAUUUAAACUUAAAAAAAAAGUGAUUUAAAAUGUGCCUUCUAUUAUGUCCUCUCUCUAUGACCAUGUGUGUAUUGUAUUUUUCUGAAAAUGGGUCAGAACGUGCAAAUCAAAGGUGCUGGACUCCCUUAAACCUGUCAUGCCUCAGACGUGAGUCUUUCUUGAUUCCGUUUCCAUCUGAAAUGCAAAAAAAUUAAAAAUAAAAUCUGCUUUAUUUUCCUUCGACAUAUAAAGACAAAGGAUUUGGUCAAAUUUGAUGAUGGUUGAAAUGCUUUUACCUGUUGACGCAGCAGUUGAUGAGGCAGCUUUUGUUUUCCUGAAGUCUAUAAAGUCCAGAUUUGGGCAGAUCUUUACAAACCGACAGGAACUUCUGCAGGUCGGACGUUGGGUUUCCACUCUGCUGCUGGUGCUGAGUCGUGAAAAUCAGAGAAUUUGUGUGUAAAUAUGACAACACGUGCAUGUUCUGUCAGAGCAGUAAACAGAAACCUGUGGGUUGUUUUGGAAUGUGGGAUCAUAAAAGUGCAGUUGUCACCUUGA